GAAGAUGUAGAAUUACAGUGGGCCAUUCAGGCUUCUAAUCAUGCUGAAACAUACUUUAAUAUUAUAACAGCAGUUGACCCAACCACAUUAAAACUAACCAAAUAUGAUGAUGAAAUAUAUAAGAAAUUUAAAGAUGAAUUUCCUGAUUUUAAAAUUGAUGUGAUAGAUACAGAACAGCUCAAAUCACCUGAAGCCAAAUUGAAAUGGCGACCAUUUUGUGAAGAAUUUAAGGAGGUAGAAGAUUAUAAUUAUGGUUCAUUGUUAAGAUUGGAUGCUACAAAAGAUUAUUCAGAAUCUAAUUCUAUCUUUGCUUUGAGAAUACAGUUCUUAGCUAUUGAAAUAGCUAGAAAUAGAGAAGGAUUAAAUUCAAACUUGAGAUUUACUAAAGGACAAACAGAGAAAAGUGAAACCUCGUAG